UGAAGUCUGCCUGCGGUGAUCAGUGAGCUGCUGAAGUCCGGACCGUAGACACGCAUCUGCACUCAACACUUGGAGUCUAUGAAGUGGUGGUCUCUUAUGCCUCUAUAGACAGAACUCAGUGUCUUACCCGCUCAUAUACACACGGUGGAUUUUUUAAAUUACCAUUACUAUUUUUGGUUUGGAAAUUGAAAUUGAAAAUUGGAGUAGGAGAAAAUGAAGAUGCAUCGGGACUGAGAGUCUUCUCCGUCCCUCGGGACAUUUAAGGACGUCCAGCUGUGUUUUCGGGACAUGACCGGUGGCUGCAUGGAUUACAACAACAUUUAAGCACUAUUUUGGACUAACGAGUAACGCACGCCCUAAAAGCGCAGCGCCCUCUCUCCAAUGAAAUAUCUCCCUUUAGGAUCAGCUGCGGAUCGUGUAAGUAAGCGGAUCGUGCUCAGUGAGACCAGCGACAGUAAAAACUCUCGCCCCGGUGCCGUGGUGUCUUUGUUGACCCCUCUGGACCCACUUCGGCAGGCAAAGCGGCUUCCUAUCCGAGUUAUCAAGAUGUUGACUGCGCACACCGGACACUUGCUACACCCGGAAUAUUUACAGCCUUUGACGUCCGCGCCAGUGAGCAUCGAGCUGGAUGCCAAAAAAAGUCCUUUGGCCCUGCUGGCGCAGACCUGUUCUCAGAUUGGUAAACCAGACCCUCCAUCUUCCUCCAAGCUGGGUUCCUCCUGCAGUCAGGGGGACAAGGAGCCCAGCAGUCGGUCGUCUGUCUCCAGCUUGAAGCUCGGGGAGCACCGCCCUUCUCUGGAGGACAAAUCUAGCUUCAAGCCCUAUAACAAAGGCAGUGGGGACUGUCGCAGAGAUGGAGUCACCAGCAGCAACGACAAAGUUGGGUUCAGAGUACCCAGCAAUAAUGUAACCCCCAACGGAAAUUCAACCAGUGGCCAGCAGUCCUACCCACCCCACGCUGCUUCACCCAGCUCUAGAGCCAGCAAUGGCUCCCCACCAGGACACACUCAGCAGCAGCAGCAGCCUCACAAACAGAGCCAGUCCCCUGGUGGACAGCCCACGUCGCACUCCCAGACUCCCAACGGAGAAACUGCACAUGAGCAGGGCAGUCCUACCAGCACGAGCAGCAGCAAUAAUAAUCAUCCCAAAAAAGAUGCUGAUGUGAACAAGGCCAACUCGGACAGUCCUCACCAUGCAAACUCCAGCCACGUUCGAGCCACCACAAACUGCAGUAACGGCAGCUCUGAUGGUGGUUCCAACCAUGAUGGAGGUAAAGCAGAGUCUGCCCAGCCUAACCUCGGCCCUGGACAUAUUACACCCAUUUCUCCUUACAAGACAAGCCAACCACUCUUCCCCCUGCCGUCCUCUAAUAUGGGCUACCAUGGAUCUGUAGUGGGGGCCUAUGCAGGCUACCCAUCUCAGUUUGUUCCUGGGCUGGACCCAACAAAGUCGAGCCUCAGCAUGGGAAGUAUGGCAGUCCCAGGAAAGCACCCCAGCUCCAGCCCUCUCACGGGCACCUCCCCUCCUUCCUUCAUGCAGGGUUUAUGCAGGGACCCCUAUUGUCUAAGCUACCCAAGUGUAUCCCAUCUCAGCGGUAGCAACUGCAACUCCUGCAUCCAUGACCCUUCCUCCACCCUCAAAUCAAGCUUCCCGUUGGUGUAUCCCUCCCACCCGCUCCACUCCCUCCACCAAAGCUCUCUGUCAUCCAGCGCGUCCUCUUCCCUUUCCCAUCCUCUCUACACGUACGGCUUCAUGCUCCCUAACGACCCCCUGCCUCACGCCUGUAACUGGGUCUCAGCUGGGGGUCCGUGCGACAAACGUUUCUCCACUUCAGAUGAGCUCCUGGCUCACCUCCGCACACACACAGCCCUGCCUGUGGGAAUGGACAGUAAGCUGCUCUCAGUUUCCUCCUCUGGACCUGCCUCCUGCCACCUUCACCUCCCUCACCAGAGCAGUCCAGGCUCCAUGCCCAGCUCCCUCUCUCUCAGGGCUCCCCCCAGUCUGGGUUUAGCUCGCUAUCACCCCUACAAUAAGGUCCAUCUGCCCCCUGGUCCCUCCUCCAUCUCCCUGCACUCUCUGCCCACUACAGGCCCGUACUACCCUCAUUAUGCUCUCUACAGUCAAAGACUUGGAUCCACAUCUGCACUGGGAUACCAGUGAUAAUACCAUCUGCUUGAACAUUUAAAGGAAUAGUUUGACAAAUUGUGAAAUUUGUUUAUUUGCUUUCUGGUGGAAAGUUCACUGAGAAGAUUGCUUCUACUCUCAUAUCUGUUAUCAGUUGCCAGUUAGCUUGGCUUAGCGCAAACACCGGAAACAGAGUGAAACAACUAUCCUGGUUACAAAAUGAACCUAUGGGCACCUCAAAGUUUUACAUGGGAACAGUUUCCAGGCAAGCAAAUGGGGCUGUUAGCCAAGAAAUAUUUCAACACCUAACCCCUUGUAAAUCAGAAAUUAAGAUAUAACAGGUUGAUUGGGGCUGCAACUAACAAUUAUCUUCAAUAUCAACUGCUUUCUUGACUAAUCAACUAAUCAUUUAGUCUAAAAAAUUUCAAAAAAUUGUGAGAGAUGUUCGUUGCAGUUUCCCAGAGUCUGGUGCAAAUAUCUUGUUUUGUCCAGUCAACAAUCCAAAACUUAGAUGUUUCACUUACUAUCAUAUGUGGCCAGAAAAAGCACAUUUGAUACGCAUGAAUUAGCAAAUGUUUUUUGUCGGAAAAACUGAUUAACUAAUGAAUUCAUUUAGUAAUUGUAGCAGCUCUAGUGUUGAUCAGUACCCAACUGUAGUGAGCGUUUACAUUUGAACAGAGCCAGGCCAGCCAGUCUUUGUGCUAAGCUCGCUAGCUGCUGGCUGAGGCUUCAUAUUUACAGGACAGACAUGACAAUGGUAUCAAUCUUCUCUUCUAAUUCUUUCCCAGAGAGCAAAUAAGUGUAUUUCCCAAAAUGUCUAAGUAUUACUUUAAGUUAGUACUUAAAUGCGGCAAGUUGCUGCAUCUUGUGACUAGACUGGAUUUAAGUGGAACUAGGAUGGAGCGCAAGUCCUGGAUUUUGACUUGAGAGCAUCUUCACACUUUUCUUUCUACAUUAUAUCUGAGAUUUGGUGUUUCUAAUCAGGCUUCACUCCUAAAGAUUAGAGGACACAUGUGGCUCUUGCAUGUCUGCACAUUGCUCGGAUACUUUGGCAACAGACGCAACUGCCCUUAGGUGACUCUUUGCUGCCCUGUGGGCAUGGCAAAUUGAUGGUUGGACGCUGUAUUAUAGCUCUUGGAUGUUCAGGGUUCUCGCUGCAAAUGGUGAUGAUUUAGUGCAGAAAAAUGUAGUGUGGCAGGGAUGGCAAUUAGCUGAUGGGCUGAUGUAAGUCUGGCCACGGUCGCUUUCUCCCUGAAAGAGAUGCAUGUAAGCUCAACGCAGCAUACACACUUAAGUGUUUAUUCAGCCCCAUGGUUUGUGAUGAUUUGUUUUGAUUCCUUAUGUUCUGUUUAUUCCUACUGAGAAGUUGUAUUUAUUUUAUACCGGGAAUCUAGCUUUCAUGUUUACCAUAUAAAUCUGUUCUCAUUUUACAGUCCUCUGAGCAAACAUGUGGGAAGCCAGAUGACAGAUGUUGAAUAUGUCAUGUCUUAACACUUCUUGAGAAUGAAUGUUGAAAUCACAUCUCUCUCUGAACUCCUCAGCUUUUUUGAUUUCUUUAUUUUCACAGCAAAUAAAUAAAAACGAGAUGUGGUAUUUUUUGUAAAAUUGGGGCACCCUGUGGUGGUAUCCAGUGAAAGGGGAGGUCAUAUUUUGUUAAAUAAAUCACACUGAAGAUGUA